AUGAAGGAAACUACUCACAAGGUUGCUGGAAACUCUUCGACAGCGCACGACCGGUUUCGCCCAUCUUGGGGCUCAUCAGGUAGGCACAGUCGCCGAGUUUCCGUCAACCUUACGAUCUACUUGAACUCAAAUUGGACUGAUUGCGAUAAAUCCAAGCAUUUGCAAAUCAGUUUGGUUUUUCACGGAAGACUCAAGGUUGCUGAAAACUCUUCGACAGCCCACGACCGGUUUUGCCCUUCUUGGGCUCAUCAGGUAGGCGCAGUCCCAGAGUUUCUAUCAUCCUCAUGUUUUACUUUCAGUUUUUUCAGUCUUUCAUUCAGGAACGACCUCUGGUGUCAGCGAAGGCAUCAUCAGAUAGAAUGUAAAACAGGAUAUGUAUAUCGUUGUCUUAAGCGACUGAAACAUGCGGCGGCCUGGUGCAGCAUAUUCAGUGGCCUGAGAACAUCACAAACGAAAGAUUCAGCCAGGUUCCAGCUCAACAAAUUUCGAAGUAAAAUCGCAUUCCCAGCAACUAUUCAAUAUGGGAAAGGUUUCUCAGAAUCCCGAAAUUUCCAGCCAGAAGCCCGCAGAAAGGGUGAAAAAUGUUCAGCUGUAGAACCCUUUCGGUGCCUAGAUGCCAUGCCCACCGCAGGAAGCACGAGGGUUGGCAUACUGCCAGGUUGCCCAAGCUUAGAGCGGGGAAGCCGAGAGGGAAAGGGGAUAUGCCAACAUAUGAGAGCAAGACUCACAUAG